AAUGAGAUUUGUUUAUCAAAAAUACCAUGGCAGGAGAGAAAGUAACACAAGCAAUUUUUUUGAUAUGGUCACUUUUACUGACAACUUCAUUAGGAAGACAAACAAAUUUUAGUAGUUUUCCACCAGAUUUUGAAUUUGGAACUGCGACUUCUUCGUAUCAAAUAGAAGGUGCUUGGAAUGUCGACGGAAAAGGGUGGUCGAUGUGGGACCAUCUCGUUCGUACAGCCCCAGAGAGCAUAUACGACAACACAACAGGGGAUAUAGCAGCAAACUCUUACUACUUAUACAAACGCGAUGUUGAAAUACUUAAGGAACUGGGCGUCAAUAACUACAGGUUCUCAAUUUCAUGGCCGAGGAUCCUUCCUUACGGCAGGCCCGACUACGUAAAUCCGUACGGCGUCGCAUAUUACAAUGCACUAAUUGAUGAAUUAUUGGCGAAUGACAUCAAACCGUUUGUUACGAUCUACCAUUGGGAACUACCACAGAAUUUAAACGAGCUAGGAGGCUGGCUUAAUGAAGAUAUAGCGGAUUGGUUCGCCGAUUACGCGCGGGUGUUGUUCGAGAACUUUGGCGACAGGGUCAAGCAUUGGUUGACGAUUAACGAGCCGGAUGUCCAUUGCUACUUUGGUUACGAAUCGGGCUCGCACGCUCCAAGAAUAAUCUCCCCCGGUGUCGGGUACUAUGAAUGUGGCAGGAAUAUACUACUAGCGAACGCCAAAGCGUAUCACGUUUAUGAUGAAGAGUUCAGAGCGUCUCAAGGUGGAGAGAUUGGAAUGGUUAUAAGUAUGGAAUGGCCGAUACCAAAAACCGAUUCUGCAGAUGACCACGAGGCUGUUCAAGACUUUAUCGCGUUUAACAUUGGUCAGUACAUGGACCCAAUAUUCUCGGAAAAUGGUAACUACCCGAAGCGUCUCAUCGACCGCGUGGCAGCGGCGAGCACCAAACAGGGUCUGAACACCUCACGCCUACGUCCGUUCACCAGUGAGCAGAUAGAGUAUAUAAAAGGUACAGCAGAUUUCCUCGGACUCAACCACUAUACCAGCAAGUUAGUGUACAGGAACGAGUCCCUCGAAGGCCGGUUCUCUGUGCCUUCGAAGCAUGAUGACGUUUACAUUGACGAACUCAGACAUCCAUCUUGGCCUGUUGACACAGGAUUUGUGCACGAAUACGCUCCAGGUUUCUACAGCUUGCUCAUUUAUCUUAAAAACACCUACAAUAAUCCUAAAAUAUACGUAACAGAGAAUGGUUGCUCUACAAGUACAGGCCUAAACGACACAUUUCGAGUACAGUACUACCGGAAUUACCUUAGUGCGUUAUUAGACGCUUUGGCAGAGGGCGUUAAUGUCAAAGGAUAUUUCGCCUGGAGUUUGAUGGAUAAUUUUGAAUGGAGUUUCGGCUAUACUUUAAGAUUUGGCAUCUACGAGAUUGACAUGAAUGAUCCGGAAAGGAAGAGAGUCCCGAAAAUGUCUGCCUUAGUGUUAAAGGAAAUUAUAAGAAGUAGAGUAAUUGACUAUAACUAUGACGUUGAUCCUUAUGCUCCUUCGGGAGCGUUCGUUCGAACUGCGUCAAUUUUCACUAUCAUACUACUGGCAACACUAGUAAUUAUUUUAAGAAUCUACUAAGACGUAUUUCUUAGCAGCCUUACUAAGUUUUGUAACUAUUAAAAAACCUAAUAAAUAACUAAGCUUAAGAAAUAUUGAAGUGCUGCGCAAGUAUUUGACGGUUUGGUAACGGUAGCCAAAAUGAGGGCAUCCACGACUUUUUCUGCCACCAGGGUGGCGCCACUAGAAAGUGAGGUAUAAUAUUUGACAGAUUUCAUAGCGGGGAAGUUAAUUUGUUCGGAAAAUGUAAAAGUUAUUGUUUCUUUCUGUACUAUUAGCUAUAUUUUAUAUUAAUAACAUUAAAAAUAAAUAAAUUUUACGUUUUAGUCUUCGCCCAUAAAUCAUCACAUGACCAUAGAUAAAUAAAUAUGUAGCAAGCUACACAUGACAUGAAUAUGUCCCGUUGUCUAAGUCUAUGCCCGUUGUAGGGAGUAAUCAUAGAGAUAUAUACCAAUGGAGAGGGCAUAUUCCACUAUAGAAAUAAUAGUUAUACAAAUAUCUAUAAUAUCGACACACACUUAUCAAAAAUAGUUUCGUCUCUUUUUAACAAAGCAGUAGCUGCAAUAGAAAAGAGAGACCUACAGUUUGUAAAGUGCUUAUUUUGGUAAUACUUUCGUGUGACGUCAUUAGCUCUUCCUUGCGUGACUGCGCCGCCAUGUUAAGCGCCAAGUUUUGAGGUAGAUCUGCUGUCAAACUGUCAAAAAAACAGUGAAAUAGUGUCGUACACUCUUAUCUACAGUGUCGAUAGAAAUUAUUUAAUAAAUUAAUUUUGUACAGAAAUGAAUAUAUAAUAAUAAAAAUAGUUUAUAAAUCCUGGAUAUCAUAUUUCAUCCACCGUUACAUGAUCAUGCUAGAUUUUCGAAUUUUAAAUAAACAAAAUUAAUGUACCAACGAAAAUAAUUAUGUUUUUCAUUUAAAAUCUGAAUAAAAAUAUUAAACAUGAUAUCCGGCAGGACCGAACAUGCUUAUAUAACUUACCAUUUGUGAUCAAUUAUGUGCAGAACGUUCCUAUGUACCAAUUAAUAAUUAAUAAGUAUUGACUCUAAAAACAGUUUAUUUAAUAGCAAAGGUAUUUGGUAUACAAGCAAAAAUAUUCGUUUUCCCACUACUCUGUCAAUAUUCAUUUUUAUUGUGUGCGUUAUAACUUUUUAACUUUGUUCACAUUAAUAUAAAACAAAACGUGUAUGUGCACUUAUGUACGUAUGUAAGAAGUUAUACUUCUUUAGCGU